CCCUCCCUCUCCCCACCCUCCACCUUCCACCACCCGCCCCACCCUCAAAGAACAAAAAUGUCCCUCCAUGCCGUCAACUCCCCCCGUGCCUCCAAACCCCGCCUCGGCACAUCCCUCCCCUACUCACACGCGAUCGUCAGCGGCGGCUUCGCCUUCCUCACCGGCCAAGUCGGACUUCCGCCCAACAGCGACACGAUCGUUCCCGGGGGCGUUAGGGAGGAGACGAGAGUUACGUUUGAGAAUGUGAACGCUAUUUUGGAGGAGUGUGGGUGUGAGUUGGCUGGGGUUGUGCGGUGUGAGGUGUACCUUACGGAUUUGGCAGAUUUCGAAGGCUUCAAUGAAGUUUGGACGGAAGUGUUUGGCGAGCAUAAACCGGCCAGGGCGGUUAUGCAGAUUGCGAAACUGGGGAUGGGGGCGAGGAUUGAGAUUAUUGUUACUGCUAGAUGUCGGGAGUGAAUGGUGCGGCGUAUGGCGUAUGGCGUAUGGCGUGCGGACGUAGAUAGGAGGCGUAGAAGCAUGGCUUAAAGCGAUGUAUUUAUAUGUACAAGUCUGGAGAAUGUCAAAU